CUCGUAAGAAAAUUCUUUCUCCAUUUCUUAGCUACAAAGCAUCCUUAACUAUAUAUACACAAAAAUACUUCAACCAAAUCAUACAUCUUCAACAUUUCUUCUACCAUUUUUGUAAAAGAAAAACACCAAAUUUCUAAUAUGGAACAAACUCUCUCCUAUGAAAUUGAGCAUGACUUUGUUCAAAACAGUGAAAGAGUGAAAUCUGUUGAUUUGCAUCCAACUGAGCCAUGGAUUUUAUUGGGUUUAUAUUCCGGAACUAUUUCUAUAUGGAAUUAUCAAACAAAGGUUGAAGAGAAGUCUUUCAAAAUUAGUGAAUCACCAGUGAGAUCUGCAAAGUUUAUUGUUCGGGAAAAUUGGGUUAUCGCAGCGACUGACGACAAGUAUAUUCGUGUCUACAAUUAUGAAAAAAUGGAAAAGAUAAUAGAAUUUGAAGGACAUAAAGAUUAUAUAAGAAGUUUGGAUGUUCAUCCUUUUCUGCCAUAUGUGGUGUCUGCUUCUGAUGAUCAAGUUUUGAAAUUGUGGAAUUGGAAGAAAGGUUGGUCAUGUGAUGAAACUUUUGAAGGACACUCGCAUUAUGUGAUGCAAGUAGCAUUUUACCCUAAGGAUCCAUCUACUUUUGCUAGUACAUCCCUCGAUGGCACUCUAAAGGUUUGGACUAUUGAUUCCCCAACUCCGGUUUUCACCUUUGAAGGACACUUGAAAGGAGUGAAUUGUGUUGAUUAUUUUGAGAGUAAUGAAAAGCAAUAUCUUUUAAGUGGUUCUGAUGAUUAUACUGCCAAGGUAUGGAAUUAUAAUUCUAAAGAAUGCAUAAAAACACUUGAAGGACACAAAAACAAUGUUACAACAAUAUGUGCUCAUCCUGAGAUUCCUAUAAUAAUUACAGCUUCAGAGGAUUCUACUAUCAAAAUAUGGGAUGUUGUCUCACAUAGACUUGAAACUUCAUUGGACUUUGGUCUUGAGAGAGUAUGGAGCAUUGGAUAUAAAAAAGGAUCAUCUCAGCUUGCUUUUGGUUGUGACAAAGGAUUUAUCAUUGUUACGGUGAAACUUGAAAGUAACCAAGUGAAAUAAGAUUAAACAAACAAACUAAGAUGUGUUAUCUAUUUUUGAAACAAGACUACAAUAUAAUUUCUGUUGUUGAAUUUUCGUUGUAAAAUAAAGAAGAAUGUUUAUAAAGAGUAUCUUAAAAUUUGUGUUGUUUGUAUUAGUUCCUCUAGCAAUAAUGAUCAACGUGUGAUUAUGUGUUAGUUUAGAUAAAGGGUGUGCUAUUAUAAUAGCUUUUAUAAAUCACAUAUUGUAUCUG